ACACAAGCCACGAGCUCUUUUCCCAGUUCAGACGCGGUAAGAAUUGGGGGCGAAGCCGCCAAGAGUGGGCAGCUGAACUGCGGAGUUCCGCCCAGUUUCGUCCGCUGGAGUCGAGAUCGGGCGGAAAGGGCCGAGCUGUAUAGGUCAGCUCCCGGGCCCGCAGUCCAGACCGCCAGAGCCGAUUAAAGCGCCCACAAGAGCCAAGUAGAAUGCGGGGAUGGGAGAGGGGAGAGAGGGGGAGGGAGAGGGAGGGAGAGAUCCGACGCCCUCCCAGUCUAUGGGCGAAGCAAGGCGAAUCCCGACCUCCCAGGGCGCCGAAGGGCUUCUCUGCCGGGGAAGGACCUCCAGCUUCCGCUGCCCGGCGGGCCCGUGGCUGGCGGCUGCCUGAGAACGGCCGUCAUCCGAGCCAGAGUUCCGUGGGAAUGCUCGCCUCGUGCCCAGCAGCCGGGCUCAACCGUCUCCUCGCGGGAAGUCCAGUCUGAUCGCGACGAGCCCAAGUGCCUCGGCUGAGUAGCUCGCGUGGGGCUGCUGGGUGUCAUCGCCCGAGGAAGCUCCGCUGGGGAAGAUCUAAGAAGAAUUUUGUGUGAAAAUGGCAUCAACAAGUGUUACGCCUAGUCCUUUCGUGGAACUAGAUGAAGAAUACAGGCAAAAAUCACCUUUUGAAAGGAUGAACACUGAAAUCUACCUUUACAGAGAUAUUGAAUGCACAGAGAAAGAAAUUAUUAGAAAAACUAAGCAGACUGUUAAGGCAUAUGAAAGGAGCACCAUUUCAUCAAGAGCCCGGUGUCGAAAAGCUUUGAGAAAACUAGAGGAAGUCACUGAACAAGAAACAACAGAAACAAUGGGAAAAGAUGUUCCUGCUCUGAAUUGGGCUCUUGCUUUUGCAAAGUGUUGUCAAAGUGACAAACAGUCUAUAGCAGAUUACAUCAGUGAAGAGAAGGAGCUAUUUCUAUUGGAGUACUCUGUUAAAGUAAAACAACGCACCAUGGCAAGGCUGGAGAAGAUGGCAGCAAAGGAAGAGAGGAGGGCCAGAAUUGCUGAAACAAAAUUAGAAGACGAUACCCUUUCAUUCGAGGAGUUUCUCAGACAAAAUGAUAGGAGUUCUGUAGAAGCCCUUAAAUUGGCAACUCAAGAGGCAAAAUACAAAAUGGAAGUAACAACAGAACUGAGGAUAGCCAUGAAUGAACUGUUCUCCCUUAAAAGUGAAAUUGCAAACACUGAAGACCUUUUGAAGCUGUAUUUAUCCUAUGAAGCCUUUUUGUUUAGUAUUUCUCCCAAAGCGUGGCAAGAGCAGCAGAUGGCAAAGAGGAAGAAAGAACGGAAAAAAAGCCCUUCAAAAUCCCUUAUUUCUUUCCCACCAGCUGCUGAUAAAGCCAAACUAAUCUCACCCUCCAUUAUACUGCAAAAUAAAGCGAACAAAAUGGCACAUCAUAAAGGGCCGCAGCCAGCCAAGAAAGUGACAGUAGACAAAUCAGUCUCAGUCAUCUUAGGCAACCCUGAGGAAAAGGCACAAGUUUCAAAUGACCAAGGAGACUACAGGUUCUUUAGAAAGUCAUCACAAGGAGUAGUGGACCCAAAAUCAGUAACAGAUGAUAAAUAUAUAUCAUCAGAAAGUGGUUUAAGUGAAAACAGCUUCUCUCUAUCUUCAGAGGACACUUUUAACUUGGAUGAUAUCCAGAAUUGUGAGAAAGAGCCAGAAAUAUAUUUUAAAGACACAGAAGAGUUGCUUCAGAUGUUCAGAUAUCUUGAAGAGCAAAAUCUUUCAUUAUUCCAAAACAUUCAAGAUAUUAGUGGCACAUUGGAGGAAAGCCAGCAGAGAGAGAAAAUAGUCAAGCAGCAUAUGGAACAAAAGGUAAAACACCUUAGAGACAAAAAAGAAGCUCUGAUAGCUGCUUGCCUCAAAGAAGAUGGAAAAAGUGCUGAACUGGCAUUAAAAGCUAAAAUGUUUUCUUUAGGAGAAUAUAAUCCAGCAUCCAUGAAUAAAAUAUUGGAUUCACUUACUAAAAAGGUAGCAGAAGUAUACAGUGUUUGCUGUGGGGCACAGGAAGUAUCCAGUAUGACCUCAUUCCAAAUGCUAAAAAAAAUAGAAAUGCGAGUUUCAGAACUCUGUGAGAUGUUUGAAAUACUUCCAAAAGAGUAUCUUGAGAUUAUUGAAGUCACUGAAAAGCUCAGAGCAAAAGAAAGACGACAAAGGAUACAUGAAGACAAAUUGAAAGAACUCAGAAGAAUUCAGGAAGAACGGCUGAAGCUUGCUCUUGAGAGAGCGAUUGCAGAACCAAAGAAAAGGAUGGGAAGAAAAUUGGUGUACCGCUCACAGCCUCCAAUGACUAAGCACGAAGCAGAACAAGCUACAGAUGCAACUACACGAAGUGAAGAUGACUACUACUUUACUUGAGGUUUUUUUGUAAAGUGUAUUUUUGU